AUGUCUAAUACUCAUACUGAUAUCCUCCUAAGCCCGGACUAUAACAAGUUUUAUUACGAUGCAUCAAAAAAAGCUAUCAACCGACGGGUGCUCUUUCGAGGCCUUUAUCAGGGUGUCGGGAGUGUCAUUUUAGUUACCAUCCCUUCGUCUUGGUUUUCGGCUAACAGUGGGAUAGCAGGAGCAUUUUUUACAACAUAUGAGGCCGUGAAGAGCCAACUUACGAAGGCCAAUAAGGAACUAGGCGGUCCAGCUUCGCCACUCAUUCCCCAACCUUUCAUAAACAGUGCAGCAUCAUCCGCCGCCGAACUUGUCUCCUGUUUUAUUCUCACUCCUGCUGAAGUUUUGAAGCAGAAUGCUCAAAUGGUCCGUAAGACUGUCGUGUCUUCGGCAUCCAGAGGCUCUGCUGCAUUUCAACCAUCGGUAACUUUGCAAACUCUCAAGCGGUUCAAAACGCCGUCACAACUAUGGAGCGGCUACACUGCGCUUGCAGCUCGCAACUUGCCAUAUACAGCAAUGCAAUUUCCUAUGUAUGAGCAUAUGAGAGCAGCUAUUAAGAAGCAUAGAAAGGAGCACGGAAAGUCCACGGGAAGCUUACUUGAAACCGCACUUAUCACAGCGGUCAGUGCUGGGACUGCUGGGUCUAUCGCGGCCUUUCUCACCACCCCAGUUGAUGUAGUGAAGACCCGGAUUAUGUUAUCCGCUGCAGGUGAGGGCUCAGAGAACAACUCUGGCGGAUCAAAGGAGAACCCCGAGAAACAGAAUCAGUCGGCAUCAAACCUUGCAAGCAAAAAAGCUAUAUUGAAGAAAAGUGAGUUAUCGAUUGCGAGGGAAAUCUUUAAUACCAGCGGUAUCAAAGGACUAUUUCGAGGGGCGGUUCUCAGGGCAGUCUGGACAAUAUUGGGCAGUGGGCUAUAUCUCAGCGUAUACGAGGGUGGACGAGUAUGGCUUGAGCGAGAAACCGAGGAUGAUCAAGAGGACCAAUGA